GUGCUCUUCCUCAGCGGUCACGCCGCUAUUGCUGCGCUUGAGGCCGACUUCGUAGCUUUUCGAUUGUCGCCGCUUCUGUGGCGCGUUCGGUUUGGGAAGGUCUGAACAGCCUGGUGCGGCUGAUGGUCUGCGGUCCAAUAGGAAUAGGAUUUGGCAGUAUCGUCCUUGAAAGAGGCAAAGCAGAUUAGCGGUUGCGAUCUUGAGAUCAAAUGCAGUGGACUUUCGACUAGACUCGCGUGUUGUGGUCACAUGCUUACUGAGAGGAAUAUAAUUAGAACAGUACGUUGUUGUUGUGUUUGAUCGAGGACUGCAUCGUGAGUUGUGGAUGCGGAAGGGCGAUUUCGCUAGCUCGAGAAGUGACGUGAAUUUCGACUGUCAGCGUAUGAUCUUGUGAAUAACAAUUACGUCGUUGGAGUUUCUGGUUGACAUCGCGAGUAUCAUGUACUUGACGUUCAGGCUUAUCGCGUUCGAUUGCUUGGGAACUAUUUCGUGAUUCCCGCGGGCUGAUUGCCUUGUCUACCUCGCCUGGAAUGUGUUAGGAAAGGUUUCGCGAUAGACCUCUUUCUUCUACGGAGUCUCGUUUAACUAGUACUGCUUGCUUUGGUUUACGUGGCUGCAAUUUCCGUCUGUUUAUUUAAUAUUCAAUUCUUCCAGGGAAGGUUCUUUUUAUAAUUGGCCUGCAAAAGCUUCUAUGAAUGUGUGGGAUGACAGCAUUCGGCAUACGUAGAACAUAUUGUAAAGAUCAAAAUAUAGAGGUAGGAUUUGCGAGGUUCGUGGCUCGGGAGGGACCUUCACGAAUCAAGUCGUGAAAGAGUAAUCCAGGUGAAGGCUGUUCAGCUCACGCCGCUGGAACAAUGGAUCCUACCUCAAUGACGCCGGUUUGGAUGCCAAUAGUUGAGAAGUCAGUCUUUCGCUUCGACGAGUCAGAAAGUGCUAGAAAGGAAGCUGCACCGACCGUUUCUUUUGCGAACCCCAGGUUGCGAGAGGAGGAGAUUGAGAUAAAAUUCCCUGAGAGUAACAAACCCGAUUUCAUCCCUGAAUUUAAAUUCGACGGCGCACAACAAAUUGUGACGCUUAAGCUUCCAGAAGGUACAUCCUUUUAUGGCACUGGUGAAGUUGGUGGAUCUGUUGAGCGUACCGGAAAGAGGAUCUACACUUGGAAUACAGAUGCGUGGGGAUACAAUCAGAAUACUACCUCCUUAUACCAGUCUCAUCCAUGGCUUUUCGCAGUGCUUCCAAGUGGUCAGGCCGUUGGAGUGCUGACUGACACCACGAGGCGUUGUGAAAUUGAUCUGAGGAAAGAGGCAUACAUCAGAAUUAUAGCUGCAGCUCCAUACCCAGUCAUCACAUUUGGACCAUUUCCCACGCCAGAUGCGCUCAUGACAUCACUUUCUCGUGCCAUUGGUACAAUGCAAAUGCCUCCAAAGUGGGCACUUGGUUACCAACAAUGUAGAUGGAGUUAUGAAACUGCUGAUAGGGUUUUGGAGGUUGCUACAACAUUCCGAGAAAAAAAGAUUCCAUGCGAUGUGGUCUGGAUGGAUAUUGACUACAUGGAAGACUUCAAGUGCUUUACCUUUAAAAAGGAAGCUUUCCCAGAUCCCAAGGGAAUGUUAGAUGAAUUGAAUGGAAAGGGAUUCAAGGGCAUUUGGAUGCUUGAUCCCGGGAUCAAGGCUGAAGAGGGUUACGGCGCCUAUGAUUCCGGUUGUGAGGAAGAUGUGUGGGUGCUUAGUGCUAAUGGAAAACCUUAUGUUGGUGAAUGCUGGCCCGGAUCAGUUGUAUUUCCUGAUUUCCUCAACAAGAAGACACGCAAAUGGUGGGCAAAUCUUGUGAAGGAUUUUGCAGACGUAGGUGUGGAUGGUAUUUGGAAUGAUAUGAAUGAACCAGCCGUUUUUAAGACUGUGACUAAAACUAUGCCCGAGACAAACAUUCACAGAGGCGAUGAGGAAAUUGGGGGCACUCAAAGUCAUGCGCAUUAUCAUAAUGUCUAUGGUAUGUUUCAAGCAAGGUCAACAUAUGAGGGUAUGCUACUUGCAUGUAAAAACAAGCGGCCAUUUGUAUUGACUAGGGCAGCUUUCAUCGGUGCUCAUAGAUAUGCAGCAACUUGGACUGGUGAUAACCUUUCAAACUGGGAGCAUCUUAGCAUGAGUAUCCCAAUGGCAAUUAAUUUGGGUUUGAGUGGCCAAUCUUUCUGUGGUCCGGAUAUUGGUGGAUUUGGUGGAGAUUCUACACCUAAGUUGUUCUCUCGGUGGAUUGGACUUGGUGCUAUGUUUCCAUUUGCGAGGGGUCAUUCUGAACAAGGAACCAUUGACCAUGAACCUUGGUCCUUUGGUCCUGAGGUGGAAGAGCUUUCCAGGUUAGCUUUGAACAGGCGAUACCGGUUGUUGCCACAUUUAUACACUCUCUUUUACAAGGCGCAUACCACGGGUGUGCCUGUAAUGACACCCGUAUUCUUUUCUGAUCCUACAAAUGCUGAACUUCGAGAAAUAGAUGACAGUUUUUUGUUGGGAUCGAUUCUUGUCAAAACUUGGUCUUCUCCAAAGAAACGAGAUUCUAAUGCCGCGGAGCCUCUAUCAAAGGGAGUAUGGCAGCUCUUCCAUUUUGAUGAUGAUCAUCCGGAAUUGCCAGUGCUCUUUUUGAGGGGUGGUUCUAUCGUCCCAACUGGACCCGUUGUCCAACAUGUUGGAGAGACCAAACCCACAGACACAGUCACACUUUUAAUUGCCCUUGAUGACAAAGGUAAAGCCUCAGGGGAAUUGUAUGAAGAUGAUGGUGAUGGUUUCGCUUACCAAAAUGGCGAUUACCUUAUCACUCAUUAUGAAGCUGAGAAAGUGUCAAAUACAAAUGCCAAUAAUGGAGAAGUUUUGAUCCGUGUUGCUUCUACGGAAGGUUAUCGUGAAAGGCCAAAACGCACUCUUAAAGUGCGUGUUUUGGUUGGUGAAAAUGUUCAGGUGGAGGGCGAGUGCAUUGACGGAGGCGAGCUUAGAAUUCAAUUGCCGACAACAGAGGAUCUUAGCAAAUUAAUUAUGUUGAAUCGGGGCAAUUUAGGCUCCAAUCUAGAGAAGAAGCAAAGUUUGUUGGACAAGGUUUUUAAUGAGCAUCCCACUAUUAAGGGAAUGGGAGCUGUUCUCAUGCCUGAAGACCUUGAGAAAGGAGCUGUGUUUGUAAAGGUGGUGCCUUGGAUUGGGGGUCGUAUCAUGUCAAUGGUCCACAAACCAUCAGGGUAUGAAUGGAUGGAAGGCAGACUUGAGUAUGGUGGUUAUCAGGAGUUUAGUGGCACUGAAUUGAAGUCUUCUGGCUGGAAUGAAGAAUACAAAGUUGUAAAGCGGCACCUUGCUCAAAUGGAAGGGCACGAGGUGGUGGGAUUGGAAGGGGAUGUUGGCGGAGGAUUAGUACUUGCCCGAGAAGUUCUCUUGCCUCAUAAUUCUUUAAAGACUAUCAAAAUUAGUUCCAGUAUAGUGGCACGCUCAGUGGGUGCUGGUUCUGGUGGUUUUUCGAGACUUGUGUGUUUGCGAAUACAUCCAACGUUCAAGAUUGUACAUCCAAUGAAUUCUUUCAUUAUAUUUAUUGCUAUUGAUGGAAAAGAACAUGAAUUAAAACCAAGCAUGGCUUUUGGGGAGUUCUCAAUCAAAGGUUCCAACAGGCCUAAUGGGAAAUGGACUCUUCUUGAUUUUGAAACUGGCCUGGGAGUGGUCAACAGAUUUGAUGUCAAUGAAGUGGAAAGGUGUCACGUCAAUUGGGGCCCUGGAUCUGUGACACUUGAGCUUUGGUCAAAAGAACGGCCCGUGUCAAAAGAUACUCCUUUGUCUAUUUCACAUGAGUAUGAUCUAAUUGACACUCAUAACUAGUUUGUUUCAAAAUGUGAAGAGUGGUAUAUUAGGCCAGAAAGAAACAAAAUCUUGACUGGGCUUUUGCCAAAUGAUCUUCAUGCCUUGCCCAAAAGCUGAAGUUGCUAGUUUGUUGGCAAUUAGGCAGGGUUGUGGCAGCAGGAUACAUAUUUUAUUGAUAAAUAUAUCAUAAAAUUUAAAUUAGA